AUGAUUCAACCUCAAACCCAUUUGAAUGUAGCAGACAACAGCGGGGCCCGAGAAUUAAUGUGUAUUCGAAUCCUAGGAGCUAGUAAUCGCCGAUAUGCUCAUAUCGGUGACGUUAUUGUUGCUGUGAUCAAGGAAGCAGUACCAAAUACGCCUCUACAAAAAUCCGAAGUGAUCAGAGCUGUAAUUGUACGUACUUGUAAAGAACUCAAGCGUGACAACGGUAUGAUAAUACGAUAUGAUGACAAUGCUGCAGUUGUCAUUGAUCAAGAAGGAAAUCCAAAAGGAACUCGAGUUUUUGGCGCGAUCGCACGGGAAUUGAGACAGUUAAAUUUUACUAAAAUAGUUUCAUUAGCACCUGAGGUAUUAUAA